AGAGGGCGACAUGAUUUUAUAAAUUGUGUUGCUAAUGUACACAAACACUCUCGUUCAAUAUUUGUGAGGAAGAGAACCUAUAAAACUAAAGAAUAAUAUCAGUUAGUCAAGAAAGUCAAGAUGGGGAAAAGAGUAGAUAAGACGCAGAAGGAUAAAGGACCUCCAUCGUCCGUUCAAGAUAAUGAAGAUGAUGCCAACAAAACACCAGAACCCUACACCUGCACUGGUCACUUUGAGGCCGACUUCACUGAACUCUGGCGUCGGGCGGGGCUACAGGUGGCUGAGAUGCCCCCUGUGGUCAUCCGACCCAAGCGACCAGGCACACCCCCUCCUCCUGACCCCAAGUCCAAGGGAGCGGACCCCACCCCGGAGGACAAGGUAGAGGACGAUGGGGAGGAGCCCAAACCCAAGACGUAUGUUACCAAGGAGAAGUUCUCCUUCUUCAAACCCAAGAUCCAAGUAGAGAUGGAGAAAGAGGACAAACCAGACACUGUCACAGAAAUCUUCAUCCGAGGUUGGAAAAUUGAUGAGAUAAUGGUAGGCAUCUUCAAGCAGUGCUUCCCAGCAAUAGAAAAACUUCAUACAAUCAACUUAUGGAACACAAGCCUAACACAAAAAACACUCAAGGAAUUAUCAUCGUUCUUACCCCAGUGUCAAAAUUUAAAGAAUUUGACUAUUGAGGGUAAUCCGAUUCCUGAAGAGCCUUGGGCCUGUCUUAUUGGUGAAGACAGCAUAAUUGUCAACCUGUCACUGCGACACAACAAGAUCUCUGAGAAGGGAGCCAAGACGCUAGGUCAGGCCAUCUCAAAUGAGAAGUCCUGCAACAAGAACUUGCUCUCACUCAACCUCAGUAACAACAAGCUUGGUGAAGCAGGUGCAAUAGACAUCAUGAAUGGUCUGAGAAUGAAUCGAGUGCUGCUGUCGCUGUCACUGGCCAGCAAUGAAUUGACAGACAAGGCAGCUAUCUACGCAGGGGAGAUCCUUUCUAGGUUCCCUCUUACCCAUACUGAAGUGGUAGAGAGACGUAAGGCACUCAGCGAUAAGGGUUCACCAGAGAGGGGUAGCGGCAAGUCGCCUCCCCCUUCCAGGAGAGCAGAGUCCAAAGACAGACCAGGAAGUGUCAAGAGUGGAAGUCAUCUUGAUAAGACUGAUAAAAAGAGAGAUAAAUCAUCAAAAAGAAAGGAGAUUGUAAAAAUCAAAGAAGAAACAAAAAGUUCCAAAGGAGGCCAUUUGGAUGGCAAGAAAGAGAAGGAGGAGGAGAAGCCAUCCAAAGCUAGCAGAUCGUCCACGCACUCGUACAGUGAUGGCAAGAAAGAUAAGGAAGAAACACAGAAAGGAGGAACAAAGAAAGACGACAAAUGGAAGAAAGCUGGCUUUAAAAUGACAUUAACUGGUGGUGGUCGUGCUACUGCAGUCACCAUAGAUUCCCAGCGAUACGGAUCAAGAGCUGAAACAAUGAAAGCAACAAAAGGAAAAACCAAAGGAAAAGACAAGAAACAGAGCGAGGCAGAGUCACCAGACAUUUUGGAAGCCAUCAAUCCAUUAUUAGCUGAGCAGCCUGAGUCGAUAGAUGGCCAGCUGUGGAUACCCGGAAACCGCGCCUUGAUCAAUCUCAAUGUUUCACGUAACAACAUUGGAGAGCCAGGGAUGAAAGCCUUAUUGCUAGCUAUACAGUAUCAACAGACUCUGGGCACCCUCUCCCCUCAUCCAGCACUCAAAGGCUUAAUGAGACUCUCAAUUGCAAAGAACAGUGUGGAUGGGCAGUGUGAGACCUAUCAGAAGCUUCAUGAAAUGAUGGUACAGAAAGAUCCCUUCUACAAGCCUCAGUCACAGAGUCCCUCGGGAGACAACCAGUCAACGGCCGGCUAGCUAUUCCGAUAGUCGGAUAGUCCAACCCAGCCAGAUAGCCUACCAGUUACAUCAAUGUGUACGCCUUGAUGACUACACAUGGGAAUGGUCUUGGGUGGUAUUCUAAAAACCAUCUCAUCUUCAUUUUUAAAAUAGUCAUAUGGUUUCAAUCUUUGUUUCAAAUAUUUAAUUCUAAUUAUCAAAACAAAUUUCAAUCUCAACAUUCAUUUGUUUUGCAAAUUUGUCUUUCCCUUCUGCAGCCACCUAUGAGUAGUGAUUAACUGAUGGUGCACUAUACAUGCAGUCUAAGCUAAAGACAGUUGAAAUCGUUUAACGAUGUAGAAGAGACAUUUUUCAACUGUUCCAAACCAUUGGAUUGGCAGUUGAAUGGUAGAAGUUGAAGCCCCUCUUCCAAGAGUUUGAAGGUGGUCUCUAGUUAGGAUGAUGUGAAGUACA